AUGGAUGCGUGGGCCUAUCAAUUUGGAAACCUCUCCAAAGUCAGCCCCUUCGAGGGCCCGCAGUACCAUCUGGCCCCCAAGUGGGCUUUCUACCUCCAGGCAGCUUUCAUGGGCUUUGUAUUUCUGGUGGGCACACCUAUGAACGCCAUCGUCCUCUUCGUUACACUGAAGUACAAGAAACUCAGACAGCCUCUCAACUACAUCCUGGUGAACAUCUCCCUAGGAGGCUUCAUUUUCGACACGUUCUCUGUAAGCCAAGUGUUCUUGUCCGCUCUUAGAGGUUAUUUCUUCUUCGGUCAUAUGAUGUGCGCGAUGGAAUCGGCAAUGGGAUCGAUUGCAGGACUUGUGACAGGAUGGUCCCUGGCGGUUCUGGCUUUCGAGAGAUACGUGGUUAUCUGCAAACCCUUUGGAAGCUUCAAGUUCGGACAAAGCCAGGCCAUGGGAGCCGUUGCGCUCACCUGGAUCAUAGGUAUCGGUUGUGCCACGCCACCGUUCUGGGGAUGGAGCAGAUACAUUCCAGAGGGUCUCGGCACCUCCUGUGGACCUGACUGGUACACGAAAAGUGAGGAGUACAACUCGGAGAGCUACACUUACUUCCUAAUGGUCACCUGCUUCAUUCUGCCAAUGAUAAUCAUCAUCUUCUCCUAUUCACAACUUCUGGGAGCCCUGCGUGCUGUUGCAGCCCAGCAGGCCGAGUCUGCCUCCACCCAAAAGGCUGAGAAGGAAGUGUCCAGGAUGGUUGUAGUGAUGGUUGGCUCUUUUAUAGUUUGCUAUGGCCCUUACGCCCUCGCUGCCUUGUAUUAUGGCUAUGCUGAGGAUUCAAACAAGGAUUACCGUCUGGUUGCCAUCCCUGCUUUGUUCUCAAAGAGCUCCUGCGUGUACAACCCCCUAAUCUACGCCUUCAUGAACAAACAGUUCAAUGCCUGCAUCAUGGAGACCGUAUUUGGCAAAAAGAUUGAUGAGGGCUCGGAGGUUUCCAGCAAAACCGAAACCUCCUCCGUGUCCGCAUAA